UUGUGUGAUCGGAUGAUUUUUCCCUACACUAGACACCUCAUGUGGGAUACUUUUAGUAAAACCUUCAAGGUGCUUAGAAGUAAUGAGGGAAAUUGUUUGAAUUUAAACUGAAGCUGGUAAGGCUGAAAGUAUUUUAGAUUAAAGUUAGAAAGAGAGAAGAAUCUGAGUUUGGGACUGACACGUCUGCUCAGACUGCUGAAAGUAAAAGUGAAACUGGUGAACCAGACUGACGAGAAGACAACAACCAAGUAGAGAGUUAAACAGUAAAGACAAAUGGCUUCUAAACUGGAGGAAGAUUUCUGCUGUCCUGUGUGCUGUGACAUCUACAAGGAUCCCGUCUUUUUGACCUGCGCUCACAGCAUCUGUAAAGCCUGUCUGCAGCAGUUCUGGGAGAGCAAAGGAUCCAGAGAAUGUCCCUACUGCAGGAGGAAGUGCUCUAAAGUGGUUUACCCUCCUAACAUGGCGUUAAGGAACCUGUGCGAGACCUUCUUAAAGGAGAGAAGUCAGAGAGCUUCAGCAGGGUCUGAGGUGCUCUGCAGUUUUCACAGUGAGAAACUCAAGCUCUUCUGUCUGGAGGAUAAACAGCCUGUGUGUGUUGUGUGCAGAGACUCAAAAAAGCACACUGGCCACAAAUUUCACCCUGUUGAUGAAGCAGCACUUGACCGUAAGGAGGAGCUCAAGAUCAAACUGCAGCCCUUACAGGAGAGACUGAAGACCUUUGAGGAGGCUAAAGUCACCUGUGAUCAAAUAACUAAACACAUCAAGACUCAGGCCCAGCACACAGAGAAGCAGAUCAAGGAGGAGUUUGAGAAGCUUCACCAGUUUCUACGAGAUGAAGAGGCAGCCAGGAUAGCUGCACUGAGGGAGGAAGAGGAGCAGAAGAGUCAGAUGAUGAAGGAGAAGAUUGAGAAGAUGAGCAGAGAGAUCUCAUCUCUUUCAGACACCAUCAGAGCCAUAGAAGAGAAGAUGGGAGCUGAUGACAUCACAUUCCUGCAGCCCAAACCCACAGCAGCACUGACUCCUGAAUGUUAUUCCAGAGCCCAGUGCACACUGCAGGAUCCAGAGAGGGUUUCAGGAGCUCUGAUCAAUGUGGCAAAGCACCUGGGCAACCUGAAGUUCAGAGUCUGGGAGAAGAUGCAGGAGAUGGUUCAGUAUGCUCCUGUGACUCUGGAUCCCAACACUGCACAACCAGGUCUCAUCCUGUCUGAGGAUCUGACCAGUGUGAGAUGUGGUGAAAAGGCACGGAAGCUUCCCGAUAACCCAGAGAGAUUUGAUGAGUAUGCCUGUGUUCUGGGCUCUGAGGGCUUUAACUCAGGGACUCACUGCUGGGAUGUGGAGGUUGGAGAGAACAAAUUCUGGAAUGUGGGUGUGAAGGCAGAGUCGGCCCAGAGGAAGGGAGAAUAUGAUAAUGAUGUGAGUGGAGAGUGGUAUAUGUGGUAUAAAGGUGGUAAAUAUGGAGCAUGUUCUGCAUCACAGUUCUCCACUUGCUUUACAGUGCAGCAGAAACUCCAGAGGAUUAGAGUGCAGCUGGACUGGGACAGAGGAAAGCUGUCAUUCUCUGACCCUGAUAAUAACACACACCUACACACUUUCACACUCACUUUCACUGAGAGAGUGUUUCCAUACUUAAACACUCCCCAUAAUAUCCCUCCUCUGAGGAUCCUCCCAGUGAAGGCUUCAGUAAGAGUAGAGCAGCCCAGUUAGAGCCGAUUCUGCCUCUUAACCAGAACAGACUCACAGAGAGGGAAGCUGGAGAAAACUGUAUGAUAAAACCAAGACCAAGUGAACACUGCACUAACGCCACCACAUAUGAUGAUGUAAAGCUGAACUGCUGUGUUUUAAAUGAGCGAAGACUUAAA